CAAAAAUCUAUUUACAGUAGGUUGUGAGCGGAUCAAGUGUACCCGGUCAGAUUAAAGCUGGUUCUCACGCUAACUAAAAGCCUUUCGAGGUGGAUUUUGUGUAGUUUACAAGCUGUUUUGUCCAAUACAUAUUAGUUAUUCCUCGACGGAACGUAUUAAUUCGUCUGUAUUCAUCUGCUGAAGCUGAAGAUCGAGGGAAAAGAUGUCUUCGGAUGAAGACAGAGCGAAGGAGAUUCUGAAAGGGUUUAAACUAAACUGGAUGAAUCUUAGAGAUGCAGAGACAGGGAAGGUUCUCUGGCAGGGAAAUGAAGAUCUCUCCCUUCCUGGGGUAGAACAUGAAGCCCGGGUUCCAAAGAAGAUCUUGAAAUGUAAAGCUGUCUCCAGAGAGCUGAAUUUCUCUUCCAUAGAAAAACUGGAAAAAUUCCGACUGGAGCAGAAAGUUUUCUUUAAAGGCCAGUGCCUAGAAGAGUGGUUUUUUGAGUUUGGCUUUGUGAUUCCUAAUUCUACGAACACAUGGCAGUCUUUGAUAGAAGCUGCACCUGAGUCACAGAUGAUGCCUGCAAAUGUCUUAACUGGUAAUGUUGUUAUAGAGACCAAGUUUUAUGAUGACGACGUUCAUGUCAGCACAUCCCGGGUACGACUCUUCUACGUCUGAGACGGAGACAUUUUUUUUUUUUACUGUCACUUCAGAGGAUGGACCCAUCACAUUAGACACUCUGCGUACUGAGUAUUUCUUCUGAGGUGCUUUUAAGGGAACAUUUCAGUAAAAACCAGUUUCAACAAACAAAUGGUCACACCAGUUUUAUGGCAGAUAAUGACUUGUACAUAUGAGCUAUGAUGCUCAUUACAACCUGGUUGUGUAAAUUACCUGUUUGUAUAUUUUUCUUCUUCUGUAAUUCAAUCCUGCAAUGUACACUGCUUCCUUAUCAACUGUUUUUAAAAUGUUUUCUCCCAGUCUGUGUGGUUAUUCAUGGUCUUUUUUUAGUCAAACUGUAAGAUAGGCUUUGUUUUAAAAUACAUGAUGUAAUAAUGGAUUAAAAUAUUAAUAUUAA